UUCUUCUGAUAGGAAUUUCCAGUGUGGGCGGAGACUCGUGCAGGAAGUGUGUGUUUUUUACAGUGUUUUCACACACCGCUACAGGAGAAUUUCCACUUUUCUGAGGCUUUAAAAUACGAUGUGAAAUCAGAGAGAUAGAGCAGACGAGUCCUGCGCUGCAGAGGAGAGGAAACAACCCGCAAACAGAGCGAGUAACAGAGGGAGUGCUGCGCUAGCCUAGCCUGAAGCUAACUCACUAAAUAUAGUAAAGUUAAGUAUCGCUACAGAGAAGAGUGCUGAGUGUGCGUGCUGAUGUUCUGCUGAUUCAGGAGUUUUUCUGAGAGGAUUUUUAGCCUUAUAUCGGGCUAACUCUGGUUUGUUUCUUGGCGUAAACAGCCUAAAUAAUCUAAAGGGUUUGUCUAAAUGGCUAAAGUGAUUCUGGUGGACCUGUAUCACCCCGCCUGCUCUCAGUACGCUGUGUGUAUGGAGCAGCGUGUCAGCAGGUUGCAGCAGGUCAUCGGGGAGGAUGUGAAGGAGCCGGUGUAUCUCCUGCUCCAGCAGGAGGCGGGGGGUCUCUCUCAGGGGGCUCUCAUGGACAGACUGGUCAGUGUAAACAGUGGAGCAGCACGUGUCCUAAUGAACCCCAGCGCAGCUUCAUCCAUUCACUCAUUUAAACAGGCUGUGGACAGUCUGGAGGUCACGGAUGUGGAGGUGCUGACCUGCAGCCGCAGACAGGAGGUCCUGCAGGUGUACGAGCAGCUCCUCUUCACCCCCCUCUACAGCUUCCACUACCGCACUGAUGUGUUCGAUGACCUGCCCCCCUGUCCCCUCGGUCACCCCUCCUCUACCUGCUCUCAGAUCACUGAGGUCAAGGACGAAAUUACCACGUUUCUGCAGCGCCUCCCAGCGGUGAAGGGAGAAAUUACCAUUCUGAAAUCUCCACUAAUCUCAGACUGCUUUUCCCAUGGUUUUACAAAAAGAACAGGAGGCAUCUCCUCCAUCAGCACCUUGAGCUCCCUGAACCUGUUCAGCAGUUCCCGGCGCAGAGACUCCACUGCUGUGGUGGCUGAAAACCUCCGACGCCUCGGACUUCAGGCUGGCUUUGAGCCUCACCAGUUUCACCUCGCCAAGGUCAACCAUGCCAGUGAUGUGUGGGUAAUGAGCAAGCCUGCGCCCGAGAGCUAUGACGGGAUCGUGACCAAUCAGCCAGGAGUUGUCAUAGCAGCACCAGGAGCUGACUGUAUGCCACUACUCUUCACAGAUCCUGUGGCAAAGGUCAUCGGAGCAGCGCAUGCAGGCUGGAAGGGUACCCUCAUGGGAAUUGCCAUGGCAACAGUGAAUGCCAUGGUGCUGGAGUUUGGCAGCAAGCUCGUUAACAUAGUGGCUGUGAUCGGUCCGUCUGUUGGGCCCUGCUGUUUCACUAUGGAACCACACUCAGCCAGAGAGUUUCAGGCCAUCCAUCCUGACUGUGUCAGAAACAUGGACUCACCCAGGCCUUAUGUCGAUAUCCGGCUUGCCACCAGGGUCCUUCUAGAGAAAGGUGGGAUCCUCCCAGAGCACAUCCAAGACAACACAGUGACAGACCAACCCAACCUCACUCUGUGCACUUCCUGCCACCCUGACUCCUUUUUCUCCCAUGUUCGAGAUGGACUCAACUUUGGCACUCAGAUCGGCUUUCUGUGGAUCAAAGAGUCCCAUGAACGUAUACAACAUGAUCACUAAGAUGUAAACUGGUUGUUUAGCUGAAGAACUAAAGCACUAAAGCAGUUUACUGAUGCAUGUAGGACAUAAAGGGAGGUUUUUUUUUUUUUUAUUUAAAUUCAGAAUUCUGAACAUUUAUAGGGUUUAUCUUCCAAUGAAAGAAAUAUCGUAUUUUUUGCAGUGUAAGGCGAACUUAAAACCCUUUAAUUUUCCCAAAACUCGCCAGUUUAUCUUGUAUAUGAAUUUCACCUGUCAGGUUGUAAGGAGCAGUAAAGGCAAAUAGCAGUGUUAUACAGAAGUUUCAUAUUAGUUCAUAUUAGUAGCAUUAGCAUUAACCGCUUACUGCGCUCGCUAUUUCCCUGUUCAAAGGGUAGUAUUAUUAUCAGCCUGAAGCCUGCUGCUAUCUCCAGCUAGCAUUACUGGUGCAGCAUUAGUAUUACCUGCCUACCGCGCUUGCUAUUUUCCCGCUCAAAGGUGAGUAUUAUCAGCCUGUAGCCUGCUCCUAACCCCCGGCUAGCAAUGCUGGAGCUGUUAGUUGCUAAUGCUAAUGUAAUAGCUCCAGCUUUAGUACUGGAGAAUUUCGGUGAUCUAAGCUUACUGUAAAUAAACAGAAAUGCUUUACUCACCCAAAUAAACAGUUGAAAUAAGCAAUGAAAGUCAUUUUUUUUUAUUACAGUUUUGUUUUAGCUUAACUUUACUUAACUUAGUUAGCUUCCCCCCACCACCACUUAGCGGCGAGACCUGCUGAAUUAUAAGUUCCUUAUAAUGUCUCUUAAAAUACGCCUUAUAAUCGAGUGUGCCUUAUGUAUAAAAAUAGACCAGAAAAUAGAAGUUGGUUGCCUUAUAGUGUGAAAAAUACAGAAAUUUACAGGAUACAAAGGCUUCAAUGCUGCUAAGCAGUCACUUUCCAGAACUAUCCUAUCAGGUCUAGCUUUUAAUACACAGGUGCAUUAGCUUUUAUAGUAACCCACUUUUCCAAGCAUGUUUCUAUACAUGGUUCAUUUCACUUCUCAGGUAAAAAUGGAAUUUGCACUUUGAAACACCAUACAAGAAGGAUACGCCUACACAUGCAUUUCUGGACAAGCUGAAAGAUACAGAACUGUGGAAGCAUAUGGACUGACAUUUAGUGUAGUAAUGUAGUGAAAUUACAAAAUUUCACGUCAACGUGAUGUUCAUGAAGAGAUUACGCAACUUUAUACAGUUCUCACAAGUAAUGUUCUAUCCGUUACACCAGAGUUACAUACUGCAGCUAUAUAGCUAUACAGCAGUGCUUUUUUCCCUAUUAGAAGUCAGUGGAGCAUCAACGUGAUUUUAAUGAUGUUUAUAAAGUGGAGAUGGGUAGUUUACAUGUACUCAACUGAAGUUAAGAUGGUUUUAGAUUAGAGCUGGAAAUAUGGAAAUAUUUUUAUAUUACAAUAUAUUUUGUAGUUUCAGUCAAUAUGAGAUAAUUUCAAUAUCACAAACAAUAUAAAAGCCACGCAAAAACUUUGAAAAAUGGUGUGUACAAAACCGGUCUGUACUAACAAACUUUUAAUUAAAGAUUAAUGUCAGUUUGUGUUAUGCACUCUGUGCUGAAUAUUAGCCAGUGCUGACAGAUGCUGUAAAUAAUGUAUUUUGGAAUAUAAGAGAAAUGAUAUCACAUUUAAUGCAAUUGUUUUUAUUGUAAUAUACAGCUUUGGAAGAAAAACAAGAGACCACUUUAUUUUACCAAAUUGAAAACCUCUGAAAUAUAAUCAAGAGGAAGAUGAAUGAUCACAAGCCAUUAAAUCAAGCUGAACUGCUUGAAUUUUUACAUCAGGAGUGGCAUAAAGUUAUCCAAAAGCAGUGUGUAAGACUGGUGGAGGAGAACGUGUCAAGAUGCAUGAAAACUGUGAAAAAAAAUCAGGGUUAUUCCACCAGAACUUUAUGAUUAUGAACUUGUUUUCUUUGCAUUAUUUAAGAUCUAAAAGCUCUGCAUCUUAAUUUAUUAUUUCUAAUUUUCUGCAAAUAAAUGCUCUAAAUAACAAUUUUUUUUAUUUAGAAUUUGGGAGGAAUGUUGUACGUAAUUUAUAGAACAAAACAGCAAUGUUCAUUUUACUUAAACAUAUACCUAUAAAUAGAGAACAGAGAAACUGAAAGUUUCAGAAACUGAAGUGGUCUCUUAAUUUUUUCUAGAGCUGUAUAUUGAAAUUUUAUUGUUGCCUGGCCGUAAUUGAGAUAUACUUUACAUUUUGUUAAGUAAAUUAAGUUCUGAUAACAAUACUUUUACUUGAAUAUAAUUUUCUGUGAAUUCUUUGUUGCAUUGUGUUUAUGUUUUAAGUUUUGUUUACAAUUGAAUAUGAAAAGCUGUGCACAUUGGAUUAUGUCACAGGUGAUGUUAUGAAAGAAAUGUCUUGUAAUUAAGUAGGUCUAAAAGCUUGAUAAUUAAGAAAGUGUUUGCUGGACAAACAGGAAUAUAGCUCAGUUGUAAGAGGAUAGGCAGACUGGCCCUGUCAGCUUAUUUGCAGUGCUUUAAUUUGCAUUGCAAAUUUGUAAGAUUAUGGGAUGGAAAAGUGAUUGAAGCCUGCAGAUUGUUGUUUUGGGCUUUGCACUGCCUUAAUGGUGUAGUGUAGUUCCUGAGUUUUAAGGAAUGAAUUUAAGGAAUUAAUUAAAUCUUAUUAAAAAGGAUUAUUUGCUUAUGCUAAUGCACCAUAUAAACUGUUUGAAUGCUGUUGUGUGUGAAUUAAUAAUAAAAUGUAUAGAAAGAAUAAAAA